AAAACGGCUGUUAAGAUGUUAAAAUAGCACAUGCAUCACAGGCUUAGAUGUGCCUGUGGAUGUAUCACAGCUUCUUUUAUUUGGUGCUGCAUCAUAUGAAUUCUUUUACGGAUACUUUUACUCGAGUAAAGGACCUCAGUGCUCGUUUCCACCUCUGCUGGUGAUGUCAGACAGCGGCUGGGUCAUGUGAAGGGCAGCAGCGGAGGAGGAGGUUCAUGGAGAGUUCACUCGCAUACAUUAGGUAACACCAUCGGUCGCUGUGACAUAACUAGUAUGAAGCAGGUUGAAUUGAGACAUUUGUCAAUAAAGAAGAGAUAAGUGGAAGAAGUUCUGCAACAAACUUUGUUAUGCAAAGCAGCCUGAAUGCGCUUUACCGAUGCUCUCUGAUGGAGGACUACAGCCCGCUGGCUGCGCAUCAACAUGCAGUUUGUGACCAUCUGUGGGAAAUAUAGGUUUGUUCCUGCUCCCCUCUGAACAUAACGCAGGCAUGCUUCACUGUUAACACAGUUUGCAUCAAGUGAGUUUUAAACUACUUCGGUGCAGAGAGAAAUCACCCUGUCUGAAGGAUUUUCCUAUGCGGACGACAUUCCCAUACGGACUUCACGGAGACUCAGGACAGAUCAUGUUCGACUAUAUGGAGUUUCAAGUUUUCGGACCUGGGGAAAUCGUGGACUUCUACAGCACUUCCAGUCCUUCUUGCAUGUUGCAGGAGCAAGACCAGGAUUUGGCAGCGUUCUUCCCCGAGCUGAUCGAGUCCGACUGGCAGGAGCACCGGUACUCGCAAUCGGUGGAAAGUCAGAGUUCCAGCUCCAGCUUCAGCUCGGACGACCUGUUUACCCGUCCUGCCUCACCACCUCCACCUCCACGCACUUACAAGCCCUGCUUUGUGUGUCAGGACAAGUCCUCGGGCUACCACUACGGAGUCAGCGCCUGCGAGGGCUGCAAGGGCUUCUUCCGCCGCAGCGUGCAGAAAAACAUGGUGUAUACCUGUCACCGCGACAGGAACUGUAUCAUUAACAAGAUCACCAGGAACCGCUGUCAGUACUGUCGGCUGCAGAGGUGUUUCGCUGUGGGAAUGUCUAAGGAGUCGGUGAGAAACGACAGAAACAAGAGGAAGGGGAAGAAGGAAGCAGUGAAGAUGACCAUCAUGGAGACGUACGAGCUGACAGCAGAGCUCGGCCUGAUCGUGGAGAAAAUAUGCAGAGCUCAUAGAGAGACCUUCCCCUCCCUUUGCCAGCUGGGAAAAUACACCACAAACUCCAGUUCAGACCACCGGAUCCAGUUGGAUCUUGGCCUGUGGGACAAGUUCAGCGAGCUCGCCACCAAGUGCAUCAUCAAGGUGGUCGAGUUUGCCAAGCAAGUGCCGGGUUUCACUGGCCUGACCAUCGCGGACCAGAUCACUCUGCUCAAAGCCGCCUGCCUUGACAUCUUGAUCUUGAGGAUUUGCACUCGCUAUACUCCUGACCAGGACACCAUGACCUUCUCCGAUGGCUUGACACUGACUCGUACUCAGAUCCACAACGCAGGAUUCGGGCCACUGACGGAUCAGGUUUUCACUUUUGCUGGGCAGCUGCUGCCGCUAGAGAUGGAUGACACGGAAAGUGGGCUCCUCAGUGCCAUCUGUCUUGUCUCUGGAGACCGGGAGGACCUAGAGGAGCCAUCCAAGGUAGAAGUCCUGCAGGAGCCUCUGCUGGAGGCGCUGAAGAUCUACUCCCGUAAGCGGCGACCCAGCAUGCCCCUGAUGUUCCCCAAGGCCCUCAUGAAGAUCACCGACCUACGUAGCAUCAGCGCUAAAGGAGCUGAGCGAGUGGUGACACUGAAGAUGGAGAUCCCGGGCUCCAUGCCUCCACUGAUCGAGGAGAUGCUGGAGGAUCUGCAGAACCUGGAGAAACACCAGAAGUCGGUCACCACUCAGCACACUCACGCCGUCUCCUCACAGCACAUGAACUCUGCUGGUUUCCUGCUCUGAAGCUGCUCAAAGAACUUUUCUUUCCUCCGAGGGAAAUCGCUCAAACGUGCAGCUGCAGAUCAGAGAGUAACUUACCUCAGUUAUUGUCCAGAGGUCAGAGCUCGAUCUGCGGAUAUGACUCCAUGUUUAAAGAAGAGAUUUAAAUCACACAUUAACAAGUAUUUCUGUAAACUCAAAUCCUGCUUCAAAGGAAGAUGCAGUAAUGCUUUAAUCUCCAUUUUUAUAACCUCUGAGAAUCACUCUCAGUUUUUUCUUUACUGUUUCUGGUUUUUACUGUAUUUAUAUUUGCAUGAGAUAUCACAUGGAUUAAUUUUACCUCAUUUAAUAACACAUUUAGCAGUAGUUAUAGCAAGUUGUAAAUAUAAGGAAUCAAUCUUUAGGUUUUAUAUAAAAAUUUCUCAAACAAAAUUAAAGGGAAAUGCAAUGUUUUUUUCCUCCAUAAGGGUAAGUGUUCAUAAUUGGAGUUAACAAACUAAUGUGUCUGAACUGACACGCUGUAGAAAAUGAGGGAUUAAUGUCAGAAACUCUUUGUGAAGCAGCUGUGGUAAAAAUUUGCUGGAAAUCUACUGGACUCAUUUACAGCUUGACAGAUUUAUUACAAGAGUAAGCUAAUGAUAAUAUACAACUUUAUUCUAUCUUUCACUUUCUAAAUGGAAAAAAGGUUUUCCAUUAUUAUCAUAAAGCAUAUUAUUAGGGCUGGAUAUUAUUGUUAUUAUUAUUUUGAUCCUGAGAAAACAUGUUGGUUGCUGUAUGAAGAUUGUACAAAAAACAUUUCCUAGAUUUUCAGCCAUGAUUGUGCUGUGGCACCACUCUCCUUAACUUUCUCUGUAGUGCCAAUAUCAGGUGAAAAAUAUUUUUGACCGCUGUUUAAAGGAGGACCUAUUGUGCUAGUCCUUAUUUCCUGUCAUAUCUGUACUCUUACAGUGAUAGAUGCUUAUAUUAAAGAUGGCAAAAAAAUUUUAAUAUUGAGGUCUGAGCCAAAAGUUCAGGCUUCCUACAAACGACUGUUUGUUUGUUUGUUUGUUUGGUUAUGGUGUUUUACACUUUUGGCACAGCUUCGGCCGUGAGCACAGGAACUUUGUCUUGAGAGGGGUAGCUAAUCCGAAGAAAGAGGGAAGGGAGCUAAAAUGUGCUGUUUCAGUGAACUGAGGGGCCAGUAUAAGAUAAAUGUGUGAAUCAUACAAACCUACUCUAGUCCUACUCAAGUCCAGUAAUAAAAGUAUUUAACUGGAAAUGAGCAUAAUCACUUCAUAAUAAAAUACCUGCAAAGCUGACAACAUUUCCAUCAGCAUGUGAAUAAUGAUAGCCUUCUGUGAGUGUGUUAGCAUUCAGAUGUUCACAUUUAUCUUAAGGCGCUUAGCUGCUAGCAUGGCUAAAUGCCAGUUUCUGUAAGUCGUAAUGAACUUCCUUUGCGCACAGAGUGGACCAUGGACAUUACAGUGACAGUAUCACAGCAUCUGAAAUCUGAGUGACCGUAAAUCCACACAAAUGCUAACAAAUUGCAACAAAUGAUGAGAAAAUGUAAUAAACUGUAACAAAUUAGAAACUGGACUGAUGAUUUUACAAUAAAGAUACAUGGACCUUAACCUGCUUUUUGUAAGCUGAGCGAGCAUCCCGCGUACUGUAAGAACUCAUAUGUGCCUAUUUUAAUUGUGCCAAAACUUUUCUAUAUCUUGACAUUUCUAAAAGUGAUUUUACUUAUUUUCAUGUCCACAUCCCAAAUGUUGCAGUGAGACUGUAUGCAUUUUAUCAUUUUACAUGUUGCAUUAAUUUGUUAUAUCACUAAACAGAUCACAUUUCAUAUGCUUUUCUUUGUUCUAUUAAAGUCUUGUGAAUGAAA